AUGCUGUUCUUUAUUGCUCUCUCGUUGUUUCAUCUCUCGGUUGCCCUACCCAGCCUGCAGCCUCGGUCCUCGGGCUAUCUUGUCAUUCUCGAUACUGGUGUAGGCCACCGCAGCACGCCGAUUCCCAGAUGGCCUACUUCCCUUCGUCGCAUAGGCACUGACGGUACCAACGCCGCAAACCUCACAACCUUUGGCACUGACUCUGUUGCCCACCCCUUUGACGAACCAAUUGAAGGCUUCGCCCUCGCCUAUUCGCCCUCAACAUCCACGCUAUUCUCCGCAACAGGCCGGGGCAUCAUUCGCACAAACCUCGAUGGCAGCAAUGACCAGGUCAUUGUGACCGACUCCUCCAGCGGCAGCUCAACCAGCUCAAUCGUCAGCAUCACGGUAGCCGAGAAAGCCCAAAAAAUCUACUACGGAAACCAGUACACGGGCCUCAUCUACUCUGCAAACUACGAUGGCAGCGACGCCACCGUCUUCCGCAACGUAUCCCAGGGCCUCAACUUCCUCUUCCCGUCAUACGCCCCUGCAAACACGUACCCCGGCGACAUUGUCGUCGACGAAGAACGAGGCUGGCUAUACUGGAGCUCCUCCACUGACGGCAGCAUCCGGCGGAUCCAGCUCAGCGGCUCCGGCGCCGAGCAAAUCCUCGCCACGGCCGCCGACAAGCCAGGCCAGCUCCGCAUCGCCGCCACAUCUCUAUUCUGGGCUGAGCGCGGCUCCUGGAGCUCGUCUCCAACCGCCAUCAAGUACCUCGACCGCAUGCUCGACCAGCUGCCUUCGUCGCCGUGUUGUACAGGGUCCGCAUAUGUAGCAUGGGAAUGUCUCCAGGUCUUCGCCCCAGAAUAA